GUGUACAAUGUCUCUCCGUCCCCUCCCCUUACGUAUAUAUCCCCCCUCUCUCGUGCUCUUUCUCUCUUCCCCUCCAGCUUUGCGCUCUCAUCGUCGCGUGCUUUGCUCUUUCUCCAACACGCGACCUUUGUCAACACUUGGCUUUGGUCUCUUGCACCAUCCCCCAUUUGGCUUGACGUCGUUCCAGUAAGCAAGUCAACCAAAAAUUCUAAACCAUGCUUUUCUUCCUCUCCGUUCUCCUUUCUACGCCUCUGCUCUCACAAGGCGCGAGACUCCCGUCUUCAGAGAACCUUCCUUCGGAUAAACUCGUGGAGCAAUACGAAGCCUAUUCGAAUGGGAGUCAUAUCGAGCGUAGAGCUCCGACCAAUGGUUUCACGGUUGUUGGGAACAGUGGUGUAUCGGCUCAGAUGAUGUUCCUGGGUAGGCCGAAUAAGGUGAGUUUUCAAGUAACUUGCAACUCGUUCCUUUUUUUGUUUUUUUGUUUUUUGUUCUUUUGCUUUUCUUGCCGUUCUUCCCGGAGGGCACACAUUUAUCAUAUAUCGAGAGGUUGUCGCGACGAUAAAGGAAGGGGGGGGGGGAUGUUUCAGGGUCGGAUAUCUUCCUCGACUCCGUUCCUUGUUCCUCGUUCCUUUUCGGUUUUUCCGGCUUGUUCUUUUUUUUUUUUUUUUCCGAAUUGACGCCGGGGAUUUGACGAUGUGACUGAUGGGCUUUUUUUUCUUUGUCUUUCUCUGUCUCCAUCACCCGCUCCUCAUUCACGUUCAUGAUGAAUCACGGUGACCAUGAUGUAUAGGUUUACAUCAUCGACAAAGUCGAAAGGAAUGCUUUGCAAGUGAAUGGUCAUCCGGCCUUCGCGACCGAGUAUACGCUUUCUAGCAAUGGUAUACGUGC